GCGGCCCUCCCUCCCUCCCUCCCUCCUCUCUGGCCCACCCGGCCUGGCCCGGCCCGGCUCGGCCCGCCGCCCGCCAUGGCCCGGGACUACGACCAUCUCUUCAAGCUGCUCAUCAUUGGCGACAGCGGCGUGGGCAAGAGCAGCUUGCUGUUACGAUUUGCAGACAACACUUUCUCAGGCAGCUACAUCACCACAAUUGGGGUGGACUUCAAAAUCCGGACUGUGGAGAUCAAUGGGGAAAAGGUCAAACUACAGAUCUGGGACACGGCUGGUCAGGAACGCUUCCGCACCAUCACUUCCACGUAUUACCGAGGGACCCACGGGGUCAUUGUGGUGUACGAUGUCACCAGCGCAGAGUCUUUCGUCAAUGUCAAGCGGUGGCUCCAUGAAAUCAACCAGAACUGUGAUGACGUGUGCCGGAUAUUAGUGGGAAACAAGAAUGAUGACCCAGAGCGGAAGGUGGUGGAGACGGAAGACGCCUACAAGUUUGCUGGGCAGAUGGGGAUCCAGCUGUUUGAGACCAGCGCCAAAGAGAACGUCAACGUGGAAGAGAUGUUCAACUGCAUCACAGAGCUGGUUCUCCGAGCAAAGAAAGAAAACUUAGCAAAGCAGCAGCAGCAGCAACAGAACGAUGUGGUCAAGCUCACGAAGAACAGUAAACGGAAGAAGCGGUGCUGCUGAUGUCCCGCCUGUGCUGCUGCAGAGACUGCGCUGUGGCCCCUCUGCCCGCCCACCCACCGCCCGCCACGGGCCCCGGGGGGGAACAUUCUCAGUUUCGUGCCGUUAUUUAAAGAUGUUUUUCUCCACAUUUUAUAUUGGGAGGUGCUGUGAGCACUCUUUCCUCCCCUUCGAGUGCCAAGAAGGUGUCGGAUGAACUCACCCUCUCCUCCGCGCUCCCCUUCUGUCCCGGGGCCAAGGCACCCGCAGCACGGGUGUGGACGCUGCCAGCUGAGUGGACUGAUUAACCCAGAGUUUGUACAUAAUGUAUAUUGCUUUAACCAGCUGCGCCAUUCUCGUUUCGCUCUGGCUUUUGCCUCCUUCAUGCCAACCCACCAGGACUCUCUCCUUCAUUCCUCCUUUCUCUCUUCCUUCCUGGACACAGACAGCUCCCCAUAUGUCAGGAUCAGGGCCUAGGCUUCUCUCCUGCCCUCUCGGACCGGCCAGACAGGGCCGGGACUCUGGUCCCCUACUCGGGCCGCCCCAUCGUGCCCCUUGUGGUUUUUUGGAUUCUGUCCCCAUGUUGUGAGCCAGGUCCGAGAUGAGUCUUUGCCUGGCAGAUUCCGGCCUGCUCCUCUCUCCUCUUGACCUCCACCUCCUGCCCCUUCCUGGCAGCUGGGGAGCCUCUUGGGUCUGCCCCAGUCCGGCCCUCUCUUUCCACCUCUUCCUCUUGGGUGUCUCUGUGAAGUUGAGUUCUGUCCUUUGGCCAAUGGAUAUUACUUUUUUGUCUCCUGAUCUCCUCGGUUCGCAGAACUGCAGGCACGGGAGCUCUUAAGUUUGUACCAAAAUGUUUAAAUUGCAGCAGAAAGCCAGGAGUGAAUGUGUGUGUGUUGGUUGGGAUUGGGGGGUGGGGGUGGGGGGGGAGAAGGGCAAGGGUUACAGAUUUUUUAUAAAGGUAAUGAAGCCAAAUCAAAUCAUUUGAAAAAAUCCCUUGGCCCUGUCCCUUGGAGCCUCAGGGGAGCAGCAGCAGCAGGCAGUGGCAGCGCCCCACCCCUCAGGUGGCCCCUGGGUUAGAAGGACUAAAACAAAUUAGAAAUACCGAGGCCGCGUUCCUCAUGCUCUAGAACCACCUUUGGGACUGUUGACAGGGCAGGGAUGGAAUGGGUUUCAGAUCUUGGCCCUCAGUUUCCCCAGCUGUCCAUCACCGGAGUUCUUGGGUAGUUUGAGGAAGGGAUGUGUGGGGCUGCUGGCCCUGGGAAAAGGACCCUCUUCACUUGGGUGACUGAUUUAGAUGAGAUCAUUGACAACCCAGUUCCUUGGUUCAAAGGAGAAUGGGGCCAGGUAACAAUGGUCAGCUUCUUGGGGAUGGGAGCAAAGGGUGCUGGGGCAGAGAUGGGGACCCAAAGCAGCGUCUGAGCCGCUGAGCAUAACUAGCACAGUCCCACGGGCCCCUUGGGGCCCCGGCUAAGGUCCUCUGCACUUGAAUCCCAUACCUCCUUAACACCCCCUGAAAAGGAUUCACGUAACAUGGGAGUAAUUUAUGUUCUCGCUGCAACUUACUUUAAUAGAUUUUUUUUCCCUAAAUGAUUUCCAGGCAAAGUUUUGAUUGGACAAUCACAUCACGGAUCAGUCACUGCAGAUUUUCCAUGUAAACACUGUUGGGCGGGUUUUUAAUCAAUAAAAACUGGGGAUGUCGUCUACCCCGUCUCCUGGUCCCAGAACUGCCAAAAGCUUUUGCUUCUCUCUGGGCCUUUGCUUCGGGGCAGUGGAGGGGGAGGAACUGGAUUGGGAUUUGGGCUCGGGAUGGGAAGUAGGCUGGUUAGGGAAAGUGCUCUGGAAAUGAGAAGACUUGAAUUGUUGAAUUAG